AUGAAAUUUCCAAUAUGUUACAUUCAUGAUUGCAUUAAACAGGCAGCUUACUAUCUGAUCAAGCAGCACAGCUACAUAUGAACUAAUGAUUUCCAAUAUGAAAAGAUCAAAGAACCAUACGAAUAUGAGGACAGCAAUGUGGUUCCAUUAAUAGAACCUUCCUUUGUCCAAAAGAAGAUUGAGAAUGCACUGAGAUGUAGCCAAGAAUUUAGAGAUUACUUAGAACACAAUUGAGGGGAUAAUGAAGUAGUUCAAAUUUGUACAAAAGAAAAUGGAGAUUUGAGCUUUAGGCUUACACAAGUUUCUGUGGAUUUGAUAAAACCAUGUGAAGGAAAUAAGUAUAUAAAGUUCUUUGAGUCUCUUGAAGAAGUUGCUGUUAUCGAGAAGGAAUUGAAUAAUAUGAAACUGUAUCAGGUAUAUAUGAGAGAGAAGGCUCAAAUGAGUUUAUUAUAAAACACAAGAGAGUAUACCAAAAGACUGGCGCUGAUUUGAUCAUGAAUCAUAAUGAUUUUAAGCAUUGUGAGUGAAAGAAUGAUUUGCUACCAAGUGCAUUGAAAGAGGUUCAAUUGAAUUGAGAUUAUGAGGAAAAGAAAGAACCAGCCCUGAAUAUAGAUGCUAAAAGUAAUGAGAACGACCAAAAUAAUAUGUCAAAGAAAACCUUAAUCUCUAAGCUAGAGCAAAUGGCAAUUGAAAAAUGAGAGCUUGUAAAAGGUAUUAAACUUUUAAAGAAGCACAUAAAAGAACUUGAAACAAAAAUGGAGCACUAUGAACAAAACAUUAUAGCAAUAACUGAAGGGCUGAAUAUUUCUGUAAAUACUUAUGCUCCAAUAUUCAACCCUUCAAUUAUAUCUGGAGUAAAACAAAGAGAAGACUCAAGGAUAAUGACCAAGAGCAAGAGAGAAGUAUAAAAGAAGAACUAGAGAAUAGUAACAACCCAAGCCUUACUACAUCUGAAGAGGUUUCUAAGAUC